UCGCCCCCUCCUCUAGCCGCGUCCUCGCCGUGAACGCGCGUGGUACCCCCCCGGUCGCGAGGAGGAGGAGGAGGAGGAUGUGGCGCGCGGAGGGGAAAUGGCUGCCGAAAACAAGCCGGAAGGACUGAAGAAAAUACGUAAUCCGGAUCGAAUGUACAGAACCGCCGUCGGUUACACCGGCCAUGUUCCUCCUAAGAGUGUCAGCGAUGACACAGACAACAACAAUGAACAUGGACAUUUGAAAAUCUACCUGCCCAAGAAGCUUCUGGAAUGCCUUCCCAAAUGCUCCUCCCUGCCCAAGGAGAGACAUCGCUGGAACACCAACGAGGAGAUUGCGGCCUACUUGAUUACAUUUGAAAAACAUGAGGAGUGGCUGACGACGUCCCCCAAAACCAGGCCGCAGAAUGGGUCUAUGAUCCUCUACAACAGGAAGAAGGUGAAGUACAGAAAAGAUGGGUACUGCUGGAAGAAGAGGAAAGAUGGGAAAACCACGCGGGAGGAUCACAUGAAGCUCAAAGUGCAGGGAGUCGAGUGUCUGUACGGCUGCUAUGUCCAUUCCUCCAUCAUUCCUACGUUCCACCGCCGCUGUUACUGGCUGCUGCAGAACCCUGACAUUGUGCUGGUCCACUACCUGAACGUGCCCGCCAUAGAGGAUUGUGGGAAACCAUGCGGGCCCAUCCUCUGCUCCAUCAACACGGAUAAGAAAGAGUGGGCCAAAUGGACCAAGGAAGAACUCAUCGGGCAGCUCAAACCCAUGUUUCAUGGCAUCAAGUGGACUUGCAGCAACGGGAACAGCAGCACUGGCUUCUCAGCAGAGCAGCUCGUGCAGCAAAUUCUGGACAGCCACCAGACCAAACCACCUCCCCGGACUCACAACUGCCUCUGCACGGGAAACCUGGGUGCUGGGAGCAGCCUGCAUCACAAAUGCAACAGUGCCAAACACCGUAUCAUCUCCCCGAAAGUGGACCCACGUACCGGAGGCGCCUACAGUAGCACCCACUCCGAGGUUCAAAACAACGACGUUUCAGAGGGAAAGACAGAGCAUAGCCACGGCAGGGGCAAAAAUGGCAGGGCAGGGGGCGACAGUGCCGGGGGAACGGGCAGCCGAGAGAAAAGGAACGGCAAGGUGCACAAGCCAGCGCUGCUCCACCAGAACAGCAUGGAGGUGUCCUCAUCCAACCAGGUGGAAGUGCCGGAUACCACCCAGAGCUCACCCGUCUCCAUUAGCAGUGGGCUAAACUCUGACCCCGAUAUGGCUGACAGUCCCGUGGUGACAGGAAUGGGCCACGUAGCCUCGGUAAUGAGCAGCCUAUCUCAGUCCGCUGCUGUAUUCAUGUCAGAGGUCUCUGGAGACCCUGUCUAUAGCAUGUCCCCCACUGUAGACCCCAACACUCACCUUUUGGGUUCUGACACAGCCUCAAGCAGUCUGGUCUUAGCAGUGACAGCCGACACUCACAAAUUUGCCUUUGCUGGAGCAGUUGGAGUGGGUUUAGCAGACGCAGGAUCCACGGACGGACUUUCUAUGCUGUCUGCGGCCAGUGUGUCUGAAGAACUGGUGCUGUCUAGUAACCUGGAAUCUGGAAGUAUCAAGCUGCCUGAGACCAAUAUGAAUUUUGACCCCGAUUGCUUCCUCAACAACCCCAAGCAAGGUCAGACCUAUGGAGGAAACGGGCUGAAAACUGAGGAGAGCAACAGGAGCAGCUGCAGUAACGGAGGCCUGCGGUGUUCCCCACCACUCAGCGACAACGGUUAUGGCUUCAACGCCUCUCUGGUGAAGAACAUCAAAACGGAGGACACGUCAUUUGAACAACAGCUGGCUAAAGAGGGUGGCUAUCAGGUUGGAGAAGUGGUGAGCGGUGCUGUUGGGAUCUCUGGUUCCACAAACGGCGGUUCUGCCCAAAACUCCCUGGCUCUGACUGCCACUGGUUCACUGCUGCCGUCUGGAGGUGGACUCAGUCCCAGCACUACCCUUGAGCAGAUGGAUUUCAGUGCAAUUGAUGCCAAGCAAGACUAUCCAUCCAGUGUUAUGGAAGCAGCGGGCUAUAGCCAAUCUAUCUCCAGCUCUCACCUAGCCCACCAGAGUCACUCCCCCAGCUUCUUCCUGCAAGGUUCUCCACAGUCCCAAACCCAGACCCACCAGAACAACCCCAGUUCAACCCAGAACUCUCAUGACUCCAAUGCCUACAUGGGCCUGUCUGUCGUCAAGACAGACUCAACAGGAACAAAUGGGCAUCUCCACCACCAUCACCACACCCACCCCAGCCAGCACACUGCCUCUAACUGCAACGGCGGCUCUCCCACCGAGCAUAAUGGACAGGCCGGGUCACUCCAGCUUCUGCAGUACCAGAACCGCUUUCCAAACCCAGGUCAGGAGCAUGAAGAAGUGGGUGGUUUGGAACAGCCAAUAGGAGCAGAACAAGGAGAAGGAGGUGUUCAAGAGAAGGACUCGAAUGGUCUUAUGAAACCAGGGGAACACUUGCAGCCUAGUGAAGGAGGAGAAACUGAGGGUGUAGGUGGCGCAGACCACUACCUCCAGCAACCAACGGAAGGUGGUGGAGUCGGGCCAGGAUCUGGAGGAACGAGUGCAAGGGCAGAAGGUGGUUCGCUGUGCAAUGACACCGAAGGAAAUGGAACCACAAACAGCCCCCAUCAACAGCUCCAGCCGCUCCUGCAAGGAGCCGGUUUGGUACAGGGGCUUUUUAGCAAUGUUGGCACCCACCAGAGCUUGGGCAGUAGUGGAACCAAUGGAGGAGGUUCCAUGGAGAUCAGCCUGGACCAUUUUGAUGUUUCCUUCGGGAAUCAGUUCUCAGAUCUCAUCAAUGACUUCAUUUCAGUGGAGGGUGGAAGCGGUACGGCAGUAGUGGCUGGCAGCAAUGCUCUCUACAGCCAUCAGCUAAUGACUCAUUCGGGAACAGAGGGGCAGGUCUCCUCUGGAACUGCUGCGCAACAAGGUGCAGACGAAGUAGCUCAUGGGGCAAGGGGGUACAAUUCUGCAGACCUCUGCCUGCAGCCCUGUUGCAGCCCACAGUCUACACAGGCUGGGGCGGUGGCAGGCGAGGCAGGACAGCUGGCAUACAUGCAGGUGGCCGAGGCCGUGUCAGCAGCUGUGGUGCACGGAAACAUGGGAAUGUUACAGGCUACCGGAAGGCUGUUUGUGGUGACGGACUAUUCUCCAGAGUGGUCUUAUCCUGAGGGUGGUGUGAAGGUGCUGAUCACUGGUCCAUGGCAGGAGGCCAGCAGUGAAUAUACCUGUCUGUUUGAUCAGAUAACAGUUCCAGCCUCCCUCAUCCAGCCCGGGGUGCUACGCUGUUACUGCCCAGCUCAUGACACAGGCCUGGUGACCCUGCAGGUGGCAGCCAGCAGUCAAAUCAUCUCCAAUUCAGUGGUGUUUGAGUAUAAAGCCCGUGCCCUGCCUGCCCUGCCCUCCUCUCAACACGACUGGCUCUCACUGGACGAUAACCAGUUCAGAAUGUCCAUCCUGGAACGCCUAGAGCAGAUGGAGCGAAGGAUGGCAGAGAUGGCCGGUCAGCAGCAGCAACAGAGCAGUGGAGGACCAUCUGAGAGCGGAGGAACUGGAACAGGAGGAGGAGAAGGAGGAAGAAGCAAUUCUGAACAGGCACAGUUCUCACCAGGUCUGGGUCAGAGCCAGGGUCAAGGUCCGGCUGGCAACUCUUUUGAGAGCCGUGUGGUGGUAGUUUGUGAAAAGAUGAUGAACCGUGCUUGCUGGGCCAAAUCCAAGCACCUGAUCCACUCCAAGACGUUCCGGGGCAUGACUCUUCUUCAUCUGGCAGCUGCCCAAGGCUACACCACCCUUAUUCAAACACUUAUCAAGUGGCGCACUAAGCAUGCAGACAGUAUUGACCUGGAACUUGAGGUUGAUCCUCUAAAUGUGGAUCAUUUCUCUUGCACACCACUGAUGUGGGCUUGUGCUUUGGGUCAUAUGGAAGCAGCAGUGGUUCUGUAUAAAUGGGAUCAGCGAGCUUUGGCCAUCCCAGAUUCUUUGGGUCGCUUACCGCUGGCUAUUGCCCGCUCCCGUGGCCACACCAAGCUGGCUGAGUGUCUGGAAAGCUUUCAAAGGGAGGAGCAGCAGUCAGGAGCACUGACUACAACUCCCAGCAUGCCUUUCUCACAAUCAACUGAGGCCUCAGCUGCUGAGGGAUGGAUGAAUGUUUGGGGUACAGAGACAUCUUCAGUUGGGCUGAAAGAAAGCAACAUCACUAGCUCUGCUUCCAGCUCCAGCUCAGAGCUGAGGAGGCCCAGGUCGGAACCAUCCAGUUUCUAUAGCAGCGUUAGUCAUGGGGACGCCCCGUUGAGCAAGAAACACAAACCCAACCCUGAGACCCUUCAAACCCAGCCCAGCAAAUCCUGCUCUGCCCCUCUCGGACUAGAUGAACAGGCCCACAAAUCUAAAAUGUGCCCUUCCAGGGAGGGUACUGUGGAGAAAGAGCAGCGAGAUGGUGAGCAGUCUCAGACUAAGCUGGGCUCAACUUGUGGAGGUGGCUGCUGGGGUUCCAGACAGGCUGCAGGACGCAGAGUGCCAACUGUAGGACUUGGCAAGGAAAGGCUCGCAAACAGACUGAGAUUAAGAGAGAUUGCUAGUGCUGGAACAAUCUCCAAUCUGCGGACAACCCAAGAAGAUCUGGAGAACACAGGAGACCUGCAGAACACGAACAUGAUGACUUUGGCGGAAGAAGUCAUUGAGGCGACAUCUGAUCGCAUCAAGAGGGAAAACUUUGUUGCAUCAGACACUACACUAGAUGGCGUUGGAGUCAGCAGCACCAUGAGCUGGUUGGCCAGUUACCUUGGAGAUGCGGAGAGGUUCCUGUUUAACAAGCCCCUAACUUCCUCUCCUGGCCUGGGCCCAGUACACGGUGGAGGGCAGCCGGAACUCGACGGUCCUCUUGGGAAGCUUGGCCUCCAGUCCCCCGCUGAAUGGCCUGCUCUCCUCAAUGCCUCCCACAACAAGGAGGAGCGUGACCUGACCCAACUGGCCUUGUCUGAUCCUGAACAGAGAGAACUUUACGAGGCAGCCCGCCAGGUCCAGAACACCUUCCGCAAAUACAAGGGCCGUCCGCUUCGGGAGCAGCAGGAACUGGCAGCUGCUGUCAUUCAACGCUGUUAUAAGAGGUACAAACAGCUGACAUGGAUAGCCUUGAAGUAUGCACUUUAUAAGAAGAUGACGCUGGCCGCCAUCCUUAUCCAGAGUAAAUUCCGCAGCUACCACGAACAGAAGAAGUUCCAGCAGAGUCGCAGGGCAGCUGUGCUGAUCCAGCAAUAUUACCGCAGCUACAAAGAGCUCGGCCGGCCGAACCCACGAAGGCGAGCCACUGCAGCUGCACUGGUGCAGCACAAACUCAGAAGCAGUUUACUGACCAAGAGACAAGACCAGGCUGCCAGGAAAAUAAUGCGGUUUCUGCUGCGGUGCCGUCACAGGGCGAAAGAAUUGAGAAAGGCCAAGGAACAUGAGAGCGCCGCAAAGAGCCCCGUCGCAAUGUAACAUCUCCGAGUGGACUCUUUCUCUUCCUCUUCAUUGUGUUUUUACAAGAGACAAACAAUUUACGGAAAAAGCAAAAAUUAUUCAGGAAGCAGAACACGGAAGAUCAUCGGAAAUGCGACGGUUGAACUCUUGCAGCAUUGUGACUGAUUCUGCUCCUGCAUUGUGUUAUUUCUCUUUACGGGGAACUGAAAUAAGACUAUUGGGGAAAUAUGACAUUAUCUUCAUGGCAUUUUUGCACUCUUCAUAAUUUUUUUUUUUUAGAUUACAAAAAAGGAAAAAAAACGAAGGAAGACCAAGGAGCAAAGGCUUUUUAUUCCGACCAGCGCUUGUAAAAUAUCAAAAUAUCACAUCAGAAAACAUCAUGCUGGAAGCCGCUUCAGAUUACAUUUUAUAUUUUGAAAGGAAAAUAAUACAACAAUCAGUUUGGGAAAAAAAAGAACAAAACCUAGAAAAUGUAAACCAAAAAAAGGCCUCAUUUCAGUGACCAUAUGCAUGCAGAGUAUUUGAAAUCAGUCUCUCAUCUCCACAGAUCUUUGUUUUUGACAAAUGCUGUCCGAUCAUUCAAAGGGAAGCCUUCAUAUGAAUGUAGAUGGGGUCAGGGCAAAAAUGUUGGGUUUGAAAUAUCAGUGUCUUACCUUUGUCUUUUUGGGGAUUUAGGGGACUUCUGAGGACAACUUAGGGGAAUGAAGCGAAGCCCUCUGGGUUACUGUUUUGUGUGCACUGUUUUCAAAUUUCUUAUGGGUCCUUUUCUUAAUGUCAUUUUGCUGGCCUGACUUUGUGUGUCCCGUGUUUGUUGAAUUGAAUCUGGAUACAGUGCAUGUGUUUGAGCAAAAUGCUCCUGCAUGCUAUGUAAAUGUUUUGUGUUUUAUUUUCAUUUAUUCAUAUCGGUGAUAUUGUGGCACCAUCAAAAUGGACCGUAUAAGCCUGUUUGUUUCUCAGUAUACUGUUAUAAAGACCAUUAUUUUUAUAUAGUUCAGUUAUUUAUUUAUUAGCUUUAUUGAUUUUUUUUUUUUUUGUGUGUGAUGGUUUUAAAUAAUCUCCUUAUUUUAAAAACUGACCUUUUUUUAAUGUGAACUGCACUAUCAAUUGUGCCACAGCGCCAAACAUAUAUUUGCAAAGGUUAUCUUCCAUUUGUGUGUGUGUGUGUGUAUGUUGUGAUAUGUUUCUUCAUUGUUACUGUUGGUUGAUUUCGAAGAGCUCCAGAAAGCCGCCACAAGCUUUCCCAUGGAGUUUCACUGAACAUUGCCUUGACUUUUUGACUUUUUGAAGGGUCCCUAUACAGAAGCUUCAAAAAAAUCCAUAUUUUUGACUAUUUAGUGGUCCCUGUACAUAUGAAGAUAGGUGAAGGAACAUUGAUUGCCAGAAACAUUUUCCGAAGAGGAUUGUAUUUAAGAAUAUAUAGUAUUUUAUUCAUAAAUUGGAUUAUAACACAUUAAGAGACAAACAAAAAAAUAUAUUGUAUAGUUUUCUUUGAACGCCCAAGAUGUACGGUUGUAUUGUUUGUAAAUAUUGUAAAUAUUGGUUGCGAAGAAGGAGCCAUGUGCAUGAAACUUUAAGACAUUGAACAUAAUGUAAAGAUAAAAUGUAGUGGCAAUGGUCUGUAAUAAGAUUUGAACAAUUUCACUAGAAGUCUUUGUUGGAAAUGUUCUUUCACGGAGCAUUCCCUGAAGCAUGAAUCACGAUAAAACCGUAGAUUUAGCAGAAGAGCCAAACGAAUCCAUCAGACACAACUGGAACUUUCUUUUUCAGGGUUAGUGGGAAUAAAAUAGUAUUUUGUUUUGUGUUUUUUAACCGAUGGUGACCGGUCAUGUGAAUGCUACAGGACUAAAAUAAGCUAUUCCUUUGAGAAGUAGAGAGGUAUCACAGUAUUGGAAGAACUAGUAUUGAAUGACCAAACUUCACUCAUGCAGCCAACAGUUGCAGCUGAGGUUUCUAGAAUAAAGAGGAUGAAGUGUCUCCACAGUUUCGUCUUGUAUAACAUGACUAGAAUGUGUUCUCACAUUUUAUCGUCUUGAACUCAACAUGAACAAUGGUCUUGGAUGGAGUCAGGAGGUUAAAAGUAGGUCAUGUAAUUAAAAAUGAUGUUGACGUGAGGGUUGUGAAUGGUUAUUUCAAGCAGGCGGUUCCCAUACACAUGCUUACAUGCUAGAAAAAUGUCACACACGAACUGGAAUCAAACAUGAAAACGGUCAUGGAUAAAUAUUGUGAAUGUAGCUCAAAAAACAUACAUUUCGACUCUCAUCAGAAUCUACGACUGCCAUGUGUUCAAAGUUUUGUUUUUUAUUAUUUCUUCAUUUCUUGGGGGGCUGCUACCAACAUUCAAAACCCCAUGGUUGAGUCACACUGAAUCAUAUAGGUUUCUUUUGUGCAUUUUGUUUCUCUUUUAUGCUUAUGGAAACAAGCACGACGUCUUUCACAAAUUUCUCCGAAAGAAAUUUGAGACUAACUGACCCCCUGAAUUUCCAAAGCGAAUUCAGCUGACGAGAGGCAUCAUUUUAACUUACACCAGCACAUUUUGCCUGUUAUAAAGGAAGGACGAGGAAAGAAUGUGGUGCUUAUCUGCUGAAUUAUUACCUACGUACUUUUAUUUCUACUCCCCACAUGUAGAUCCAUUGUUUUAGAAUUGAAAUGUUUCCUCAUGAUCUCAGAGACUUGAUAUCAGUAUUAUUAUUAUAGAAAGUGCCUAAAACAUUCGACCAAUAUCAGGAGUGUGUUGUUCCUAAAGAAGUCGACAUGAAAACCAAUGGUAUGCAACGCUAAAGGCUGGUUUUACUGUCCGAUCAGGAGCCCAGGUCUGUUUCCUCUUCUCACACCCUUUUCACUCCCGAAGGCACCUGUCAUUUUGGGUUUUUUCUGUCCCCUGUUCAUUCCAAUUCUAUCUCCCAAAAGCGAUUUGUUAAAAGAUUUUGAGUGACCCAAUAACAUACUAUGCAUGCUUUCAUUAUUUCUGUCAUUUUGUGUGCUUUUCUUUCUCUUUUUCCAUGUCGGAUCUAAACUGGGCCAGGAAAGUAGGACAUGCUCGGUGAAAUUGAGACAUUAUAUAAUAGUUUUAUCCAGUUGUUAGAUUCAAGUCAGAGCACAACUCCAAGCGAAGGUGGCCACCUUUAUGUCCCUUACCAUCCAAAUAGUAUUCUUCCAACUUGAAACUUCAGGAAUCAUAAGCGAAAGUCCUCAGAAUUCACCAGGAAAAGCUGUUUAUGGAUCACCAGGUAUAUGUAUGUUAGUUUGGGUCAUUCAUCGUAGGGAAGGGAAAAAUCUGCCUCCCUUUUGUAGUUCUACUCAGGGUGCUAAAACAGGGAGAGGGUGUUUAGCAUGGAGACUAGAUUAGGUUAGGUUAAGUCUCCAGGUUCAGCUCAGAAUCAACAGGACAAACCACUGGGAAUAUGUACUUCCAUGUGUGCAUUACUACAAUGUUCGCUUUGUUACAAACCACUGCUUUCAGAGACAGACUGUCACUCGGGUAACAGGAUAGACCGUGUAUGUUUAUAGAGUUUUUAGACCAUUUUUCCAAAACUGAGCAGGUAUCAUCAUUCGUGCAGGUAUCAUCGCUCAUUUAGUAUUGCCAUAUCCCCAUGGGAUUGGGAAUGCAUAAGUAUACCUCAGCGCCAAAUAGAUCCCGUCCUCUUCCCGUCCUCUUAUGAGACAGCUCAGUAUACGUGCAUCCAGAUCAUGCUUUCCGUAUUUUUGUGUCAGAUAGGAGAAAUAUGCACUUUGUACAGCUCACCAUCCAAGUUGAAUUCCCUCUCCGAGCCCUGGUGCGUUAUAAGUGCGUCUGUAUGUGCUUUAUCUCGACGUAUGGACACGGAUGACCACAUGAGCACAUGUGAAGGUUUUAGCUGAGCGAGGGAAAACACUACUGGUGCAACUGGAAGUUUGUACGAUGUCCUAAAUCCUCUCUUUGGAACUCGGGAAAUGCAGGUUAGGCUUAAACAGAACUGAAAAACCACUCGAUUAUAAGCUUUUCACUUACAAGUACAGAGCAAUAAACACUUUGUUUUAGACAAGCUCUUUAGGUUGAAAGAAUAUGGAUAUGUCAAACAUUUAAAAAAAAAAUGAUGAUAAUAAAAACAAAAACAGAAAAAAAAAACAAAAACA